AAAAAAACGCGAUAAAACCACGACCCCGGUAUUGACCCGCAGCCACAGCCGACAAACGACUUCAAAGUGACUUUCUAAUUUGCUUUGGCAUUUGACGGACUAAUGUUGUCGAUUCUGAUUGGAUUUUGGUUUUUGUGUUUUGGACUGACCGAACGGCCGAGGAUUCAUUUUUCGAUUGGUUUCGUGGCAGAGAUUUUCAGCAGGUGAUAUGGUUGGUAUUUGAUUGUCUGAAUAGGGCCAGGAUUAUUUAGGAUGAGUGAUCAGGAUGAUGCCGGUGUUCAGCACCCGCCCAUAACGCCGCGUAGUUCCUUAGGAUCCGGGGCACUGUCGUACAGCAGUGGUUCAUCAAUUUCUCCGUCGACGAGCUCCAGCUCAUCGCAGGGUUCUGCGAAGGCUGCCGUUAGUGAGUGCCUAGGAGCAUGGCUGAAUUAUUUACAAGUCCUGAAUAAUUUGUGUGCAUCCGGCUAUCGCCUUGCGCAAACAAUGUCAGCGUUGGAACAAUGGGGGCAGCAACAGCAGAGCGAGGCUGGUAUGGCAGCUUCCGUUGCGGGGUCGCUUCCUGGUAGCCAGGCACCUAGUGCACCCGGGGCAGCGACUGCGGCUGGAGUGCAUAAUUUAAUGACUACCCAUUUAACAGGAGCUUGGGACGAUUUGGCUAGGGCGACAGCUGUUGCAACGAGUACCGUAAAGUCGCAUAUCAUCAGUGUUCUUCAGGACUUCAUAACAGCAUCGAACAACACAAGUGACCAAGAAAUCGAUUGGAAUCGAACUCGUGACCAUAAUCAACAGAUCAUCAGUGAAAGUGCCCAAACUAUGAUAAAUUUACAGCAUCAAUUUUGUGUUGCCAGUUAUGACUCUUUUUCAUCGCUUAUGUGUUGUUUUGUGUGUCAAGCGCCUGUUGGAUUCCCUCACGAUCCAGACUGUGCGAUGAUCCAUCAAAAGACUUUCUCUAGUACUGAUCAAAGGUCUCAAACCCCAUCUCCACACUUCGGAACUGUGAUGUCUCAUAGAUCAGGGGACCAGCAAUAUCGGACUGUUGAGGGACGUGGUGUGAUAUUUGGCUCUGGUUCAACCCAAGCGUCGUCUGAACAUGGUUGUGGUCCUUCAGGUAUAAGCGGAAUUGAACAAACACGUGGUCCUUCGCCACAUCAAGAGAUUCGCGGACCAAGCCCUAUUCAGGGUUUUCUCGACAAUAUUCGGGGCCCAUUGCCGAACCCUGGUCAUUUGAUGGGCAUGAAAGCGCCUUUUUAUCGUGGAUCACGUUCACCAUUGAAUUUUCCUUUGUUCCCGUUGAACGGGCAACGUCGUUGGUCGGAAGCGGCUGCCGGAGAAGUUCGUGGCGGAGAAUCAACCAUUGAUGUGGAGAGCCAAAUGCGUCGCUGGUCGAUGCCAUGGGAGGCCACAAAAACUGAUAAGAAUACCGUGAGUUGGCAUCAAACACGAAUUAUGCCAAUCUCGAAAUUGGCUGUGCCAACUUCAAAAACAAGUUCAGAUCGUAGUCAGAGUACGACCCCAGAUUCAUUUUGGCAACCGUCGGUUACUAGUCAGGAUGGAUUAGCAGAGGCAAUACAAUUGCUAUCUUGUCGACCAUCACGUAAUUACCCCAUACAACAGCAGCAAUCGCUUCCUUCGACAUCGCAUCCACCAAUAGGUUCGCCUUUUAUUGAGGAGCCGGCAACAUAUGAGAUGUGGUCUAGUGGAACCCAGGAUCGUCUGCCAUACAUAAAAUUUCCAAAACGUGACCAGGACCGUGAUGAUAACAAUCCGCCGGCACCACCCUCCCAAUAACAAUUUCUAGAGCUAAGUUUAAUGUCAUAAUUUAUUCGCUUUUACCAAAAAACUAGAUGACGAGCGCCCGUAUACGGCCAAAAAGUUUGAAUUUAAUCUCAUAUUUCAAAUGUGUUCCCAGUAACCUGUAAAGGAGGCUUUCCCUUCAAUCGAAACCUUUUCAUUCGGUGUAGACAUGCACAGCCGAAAGAUUGUGGUUCAGUCUAUCGAAUUUAUGCUGAUGGAAGUCAAGUAAUUGACGAUAUUCUAUUCCUUAAACGAAUUUUACGACUGCAUGUGUGUAGUAAGCUGCUAGGAAGGGAGUAGCUGAUAAUUCUAGCUAAUCAAAUGAAAUCAAAGAAAACCAUUUGAAAUUUUUUGACAAAUUAUAUUAAAACGCGUAAUUGAAAACCUCUAAGGCUGUGCCAGAAACUCUCUUAGCCAAGAUUUGUUUCUCUAGUUCAGUAAAGUAGAAAAAAAAAAACAAAUAUGAAAACGAAAUCGACGAUUAUAUGACGGCAUUAAAUAUUAAAUGCGCAUCGAUGACACUUGUUUUUUGCAAUUUUAAAGAAAUCAACGGAAAACAUGUGCAAUUGAGAGUGAUUUUGUGUUUGCAAAUUUGAAAACGAGAUUUCUAUCUACGGUUUUUUCGUACUAUGUAAUAAUCGGUAGAUGUAAGCCUUUUUUAAAGUGUAACGUCGAAAAGUAUUUACAGAUUUUUGUCGGUCAUUUAUUAAAUUUUUUGUAGUUCCGUAUUAUACACAUACUAUGUAAUGGUGAGAUAUUUGUAUUUUCGGUCCAUUGACCGAUCAUUAUUGUAAUCUCGGAAUAUGGAAUGUUAUUAAAUUGGAAGACGGCUCAUUGGA